AUGGGUCAAUUCAAACAGGUCGAUGUCUUUACAUCCACAAAAUUCCAGGGAAAUCCAGUUGCCGUGUUUUUCGAAGCUGAUAACCUGUCAACACAAGAAAUGGCGAAAAUUGCAAAUUGGACCAAUCUUUCAGAAACGACUUUUGUUCUUAAGCCUAGCUCAAAUAAAGCAGAUUAUAAGUUAAGAAUCUUCACACCUGGUUCAGAAUUACCUUUUGCUGGACAUCCAACUAUAGGCUCUUGUCAUGCAUUAUUAGAAGCUGGUCUUAUAACUCCUCAAACUGGUAAAAUCAUUCAAGAAUGCGGUGCAGGGUUGGUGGAAUUAACCGUCACUGAUGAUGAUAUAAGUUUUAAAUUACCGUAUUAUAAACAUUCAAAGUUUGAUGAUAAUGAACAAGUUUUAUCACAUCUAGGUUUGAAUGAAAAUCAAGUGUUGAAGACUGUAUUGGUUGAUGAUGGGCCUACUUGGUUAACUUUCCAAUUGAAAACUGCACAAGAUGUUUUGAAUUUAAAUCCAGAUUUCAGUUCAUUGGCUAAUUUCUCCGCCACUUCAAAUAUAACAGGGAUUGAUGUAUUUGGUGUCCAUGAAGAUGGUUCCUAUGAAGCCAGAAAUUUUGCUCCAGCUGAUGGAGUGAAUGAAGAUCCUGUUUGUGGUAGUGGAGCUGGUGCUGUUGGAUCUGUUUUGGCUGAAGAGUAUGGUAUCACUGGAGAGAUUAAAAUUAAACAAGGUUGUAAAGUCAAAAGAAAUGGUCAGUUAAAGGUUGUAAUUGAGCAAGUAGAGGGUAAAUAUCAAGUCAAUGUCGGGGGUAAAGCAGUGACUUGUAUAAAUGGUACAUACUAG